UUGUGAUGGAAGCACCAUUAGACGAAGUUAUGAAAAUGGAUAUGAUGAUGAGAUGUUUACUAGAAACAUUGACAAAGACUGAAUAUAGCAUUAAUAAUGCGAACAAUGAGAAUGAUUUGAUCAAGGUAUAUGAAAAUGAUGAUGAUAGUAAAAAG